AUGCAGCAACAGCAGCAGGAACUGAAUCAGCGGCAGCAGCAAAGCGAUUUCCAAUAUGGUGUUGUAGGGGAACCGUUUUGGAGUGGUUGCUGCACCCACAAUGUGCGGCGUGGCAGCAAUGAGGAGCAGCAUAUGCAAUUGCUGCUGGACUGCCGGGACGCCUGCUGCGGCUGCUACUGCACAGGAGUGGGGUGCCCAGACCUGCAUGCACUGGCUAUUGAGUGCAGCAAAACGAUGUCAAAGCAGAACGCUGCUGCCGGUGCCCUAUCUGUCUGGUUAUCGCACUGCCUCCCGCUGCAUGACGGUCUCGAGCUGCUGCAGCAGCUCCACAAGCAGCAGCUGCUGCAGCUGCAACAGCAACAGCGGCAGCAGCAACAGAGCCAGCUGUUGCAAGAUUUUGACACAACACCCUCCUGCAGUUGUUUCCCUUCGCUUCUGUUGCAACAGAGGCUGCUACUGCAGCAUGGGGGUGGCGAAGAGGCACGUGCACUGGCGACGGAAGUGGAGCUGACAGCCGCAGCAGCAGCUGCAGCUGCUGCUGCCGCGGCUUGUUCUUACGGCCCAUCAGAACUGAUAGAGGCAGCAACGAAUGCGACAGUGCCAGCCUGGAUUUCCUUGGGGCUGCAAAACGUGGCGUCUGCUGUUGCUCCGGGGCUCCUGCCGGUAGCUACUCACGGCCUUCAGUUGCCAGCAGGCAAUGACGGCAGCAGUGGCAGCAACCAAAAUGGCAGCAGUAUGUUUGAAAGGCAAAGAGCUCUUUCGUUGAUUCAGCAAAUUAAUGUAAACGCAUUCGCUGUGCUGCUGCGCAUGGGACGCCUGGAGGAAGCUGCGAUUUCUGCAUGGAAUAUGGUUCAGGGGAGCGACGGCUCCGGGGCUGCAUGCUCACAUGCGUUGGCUGCUGCGCUGCUACAGCUGGGCAAACACAACAACUUCGUUGCACUUCAGCUGCUGCAGUUUGCCUUGAGACAUGCAGCCCAGCUGCUGCAGUCGUUAGUGGUAGCACCGGAAGAAUCAGCAGCAGCAAGCAGUGCAGCAGCAGCUCCUCGAUUCGUAUCUGCUGCGUCUGCGACGGCCAGCCAAAGGGCAGCAGCCGCAGUGGCUGCUGCAGGUGGUUGGGCUCACCCUCCCGCUGCAGCAGCAGUCACCACAUCGACAACACCUAUAAGAAUGCUGCAGGUGUGCCGCGGCAAGUCACACUGGCCUGUGCUGCUAUCUUUGAAUGCUGUUGGAACCGUUGCCCUUCAUCUUGCAUUACUGUUGCACAAUCAGCCCCAGCUAGUAGGCCAGCUCGCUGUGGACCCCACACUGCUACUGCAAUCCCUGAGGUCAGCUGAACACCACAUGCGUCUUAUGGCUGCAACACAACCCCUCAAGCUACAGCAGGAACGUUGGGAGCAGCAGCAGGCAUGGGAAGCACAUGGGCAGCAGAGGCAGCAAUGUCCGACAAACCCAGCGUCGCCGCUGCACCAACUGCAAGGAUCUAUGAGGCUCCUGGAGGAAUUGCGCGGGCAUCAUCACCACCAAGUGGACUCGCGGCGGCAGCAGCAACAACAGGAGCUCGCGCAGGGGCAGGAACUGCAGCAGCUUACCCAGCAGCAGCAAGCGUACUUACCAGGAGCAGCAGCUCGGUCGCAAGUGGCAGCAGAAGGAUCGCGCCCUUUAAAUCGAGAAUCUUGUAUGCGCGACUCCAACGACAGCAGCAGCAGUAGCAGCAGCAGUUGGACUGACCAUUUGAGGCAUUCUGUGGAAUUACUGAGAAGUCAGUCUUCUGCAGCUGUUGCUGCCGCUGUCCAGGCAGCUGACUCUGCGGGGGCUGCGGCUACUGCAGAUUUACUGUUGACAGGUGCAGCGGCAGAAACAGCUCGACUUACAGGGUCUCCAUGGUCUUCUGGUGCUUUGGGCCGCUUAGGAGGUGCAAACAUGCCGCAGCAGCAGCAGCAGCAGCAGCGACAGCAUGUUGGCAGCGUACCUGCGGGCGUCUUAAAAGGACCGGGAAACGCCUUCAUCUCGUGCACUGCUUCUGCUGAAAGAGCAGAGCUUCAGAAUUUAAACUUUGAGGUUCCGUAUGCAGACAGUUCAGUGGUGCAGCAGAGGCUUCUGCAGCGCCGGAUGCUGCCGGUAGCGGCGGCAACAGCAGGAGCCGCUGCAUCAGCCGCUGCAGAAGAGGGCGUGGCAUGCUUUUUUGAAAUAGCUGAUGCAUGCGCGCGGCUCAUGACUGCGCUAUGCUCAGCCGUCGAAACUUCAUGCGAACACAGGGACAGCAGCAGCAGCAGCAGCAGCAAUUCAGUACCUGGUGAUCCGCUAGAAGAGGCUUCUGGAGGACAGCGGCUGCAGCAACGUCGGCUUUCUACUGAGCUUCGGAGCAAGGUUCUGUUGGUGCGGUGUCACGUUCUUCUAGGAUCGUUGAGUGGAGCGCAGAGAGAGCUGCCCGCAACAGCUGUACUCCAGCUGAGACCGUUACUGCACCAGCUGCUUCGCCAUACCAAGAGCUUGUUGGGCGGGAACCUGGGCAUGACUGGCAGACAUCGGGGAAGUUCUUGCUGGGACAACAAAGGCACAGAUAGCAACUUUAUUCAUUGCCGCUCUUCAAGAUGCCGCAGCAGAGUGGGACUCAUGGAACUGCUAACUGACGAGGACACGCUUGGGAAUGCGACGCAUGCAGGAAUGGACGGAGAUAUGGCAGCAGUUGCUCUGCUGCUGCUGCUGCAGGCCAGUCACAUCUUUCCACGCGUGCUACCCGUGGGGGCUCUGCGUUCUGCGGCAAGCCUUUAUACUCCAAAACGCCACGCAAGCAGCUUUUGGGCGUUUCUCGCUGCAGCUCAGGUUGAUGCGGUAUGCUGCUGCAGUGGUAGGGGCCCGCCGUUGCUUCUUGGGCACGGAACAUCAGGGUCAGUGGCGGCCACAGCAGGUUGGCUGCAGGCUUUGGGGCUUGACGCGUCACAGCGUAAGGUCUACUGGCAGCUUCUGCGACUGCACAAAGCUGCAGCAGAUGGAGAUGUAGCGUUAACACAUGCAGCAGCCGCUGCUGCGGCAGGCGAAAGCCAAGGGCUUGUCUUCUCUAUUUCACAUUGGGGAAAGGCACACUUGCUUGCUGGUGCUGUUACUCCACCGUGUGCUGCAAGAACCCUCCUGCUGCAGAAAUCUGUUUUACUUGCAGCGGCGGUGGAGCUGCAUGUGCCGCUACUCCAUGUGCAGCAUCUGCUGCGCUGUUACUGUUGCACCAAAAGGCCGGCGCAACAACUGUCAACGCUUGCUGUUGCAGCAGCAGGUGCCGAUGCUCCUAAUUGCGCAUGUUGCUUUCAAGAGACACCUCACGGAAUCGCUCUGGCGCUUCUGCAGCUGGACAUACAGUUGGACGCAUUAGUUGCCAUGGGGUCUAGCAGCAGCAGCACCAGGCCCGCUGGUUUGGAGCUGCUGCAGCAGUUGCACCACAGAGCGGCAGCUGCUUUGCUUGACCAGAAGUGUUUUCUGUACUUGCACUUCCAGCUUCGUAUCGCCUUGGUGGAGCUGCUGCUCAGGCGUAUCUCCAGGGCGGUACAACUGUUGCCUUUGCUGCAGCAACUGCUGCAGCAGUACCACUUGACACAAAGCUGGGCGCUCCAGAUGGCUGCUGAGAUAUCCUACUUAAAGGCGAUGUGCUGCUUGCACCUUGGAGCGCUGUUAGUACAACACCAGCCGCAACCCUUGAGACUGGCGACAGCAGCAAUGCAGCCGACUCGUGAAGUUGCAGAACCAGGAGAGCCGCAGCAUAACCAGCAAAGUGCAACACCAGAGAGUAAUCCUACUUUUUAUGCUCGGGGGAAUUUAAGCGCCAGGGCAGCACACGAUGCAGGUGGGAUGAACUCAAACCGCAAGAGCUCGAUGGGAGAUGCAGAAGGGUGCACAGAAGGAGCACCUGGACGAGCAGCAGCAGCAGACUCGCUGCUGCGUGCAGCAGCAGCCCACGCAGCGAGCGCACUGCGUGAGUGGAGUGCGACUGAGCAAGCUGUAGGGUUACGAUGGGGCAGCUUCCAGCGCAAGAGGCACAAAGAUAUGCUGGUGGCUUGCCUCACCAUUACAGCCCUUAAGCUGCAGCAAGCAGCAUCUGAAACAACUUCCGCCGCAGCUGAAGAAGCUUCGGUUUCGGAGCAAAGAAAACGUAGCGAAGACCUUCGGCAGGAAUUUCUGAAACUGCGUGCUGCUCUGCUAAAGACGGAGGAGAUAGAUCCACACCAGCAGCAGCUCCCAGAUAUCCACGCAGGAAAGCAGAGUCGUUCCUGGUGCCGUUGGAGCGACACAGCAACAGAUUUGAGCGACGGAACUUUCAGUAGGCGGCAGCACGACAGCAGGUGCAAGCGGCAAAGGAUUGCUUUCGCUGCUGAGAGCGAAGUGGUUCCGAGCGAAUUCAGAGCUGCAGCUCCUGCAAGGCUGCAGCCUGGUGCAGUUGUGCACCCUUAG